AUGUCGUCUGCUUCAUCAACUCCAAGGAGUAUUUCUCCUUGCUUCAAUGUUGUUGAACGCUCUACUGGCAGACGCUUUUUGGCACAAAGGAAGCCUUUGGAUGAAGAAUUGGAAAGGGAUAUUCAAAUGCAUAAUGUUUUGCGUGAAUCGCCUGAUCUUGCUCAAUUACACCAAGUUUUGGUGGAGGAUGGGGAAGCUGUGAUAGUUUAUGGAAACGCAGAUCGCUCCUUUCUUGACUCUUUACUACCUCCGCCAUCUAGACGUUCACAUUCAAGAUCUCCUUCUACAUGUCAAGUUGGGGAAUCAGCACCCCGUCCUUCUGGAGCUAGAGAAGAACAAGUACAGGUAGAAAAGGGAUCUCUCUUUCUGAUUCAGGAAAUUCUUUCCCAGAUCUUUGUAAAACAACUAUUAACAGCUCUAGCUUAUAUGCAUAGUCGGGGGAUUGUUCAUUUGGAUUUGAGACCAGAAGUUAUUUUACUGCAAGAUGACCAUCUUCGACUUGCCGAUUUUGGUCAAAGCAGACGGCUAAUCAAUGGAAAACUGAUGGGUGGUUCGAUUAAAUCUAACCCAGAAUUUGUUUCUCCCGAAGUAGUAGCUGGAACAGAACCAGUCACUUUAGCAGCUGAUAUGUGGAGUGUUGGAGCUCUUACUUACGUUCUCCUUUUUGGUCAAUCACCUUUUCUUGGUGAUAAUGAUGAAGAAACUUUGCAAAAUGUAUUAAAAGGGGAGUUUCAGUUUGAUGAUACAAACCAACAAAUUUCUUCAAAUGCUCGUGAAUUUGUUAAGAAGCUUUUAGUUAGAGAUCCACAUGGACGUAUUGAUGUUCAACAAGCAUUGACUCAAGAGUGGUUAUCCGAUCCUUCCUUAGACGAUGCCAAGCUUUCAACUGAUUGCUUACGUGAAUUCAAAUAUCGACAUCAAUGGCUAGAACGUCGAGUAUUUGUACAACAAACUCCCUCGGAGCAAUUAACACAAAUGGUAGAAGCACCUCGAGCUUUGUGCACUGCGAGUAGUAAAAGGCCUACAGCGGAGCCUGCUACGCCUUCAGAAAUUUCUAGAAGGGAACCUUUAGCUGUUUAUGAUUAUUUGCAUAUUCGAGCUGAGGAACAAGCAGCAAAACAGCCCCAUUUUGCCCAACAAAUUCAAUCUCAAAGACAGAAGGGUCUUUCUCCGUUGCCAAUGCGUGAAUCUCCUACACCUAGAGGUCAAAAUAAUUUUGGUGGACAACCCUUUGGAGAUAGAGGAGGACAACAACAACAGCCUCCAUUUCCCAUACCUCCUUCAAAUAAACGAAGUCAAUCUCCUGGAACGCCACGAUUUCCAACAGAACCUCCACCCAUUCCAGAUUGGAUUGUUUCUCAAUUACCCCCAGGCGUUAAAAAAGAACAUUUGCGAUGGGACCCUUAUGGAGGAGGAUUUUAUUUGCCUCCAGAAUUUCAACCAAAAGGUCAGGGAGCUCCACCACCAUUACCUCCUCGUAGCAGAAGUGGCUCAUCGGAACGAUCAGCCCCUGGUGGAGGGUAUCAACAGCAAACUGGACCUCCACAGUUUGCACCCUUACCUGCAGGAAUUUCAAAGAAAAUUGAGGAGAUGGCUGCAGCUGCGGCAAAGAAACAAAAACAACCACAACAGCAACCACAACAAAAAUUGACUCCAGAAGAGACCGAAUUCCUUGCUGACUUGGCUAAACAGUUUGGAAUUACUGAAUUAAAAUUAGAGGAUUUAAAAAAUCCUCAAUCAGCUCUUAUGAAAUUAAUUAGAGGAGAGCGUCGACAGAUUCAAGAGGAGCUUGCUAAUCGUGUUCUUUCCGAUAUUUCCGAGGAAAGCGGUGGAGGUGAUUCGAAUAGCUCAGCCACCCAAAACAGUGAACGUUCCUCUGGUACAACUACUCCUCGCCCGCAAAAACAGGUUCCUCGAAGAACAACAACCCCAAUAGAUGCUAUGGAUGCUGACGGGGAAGGGAGUACCACAACAACAGCUGAACAUGAAGGUCCUUCCUCUAGUACGGUAACUCCUCUAGCCUCUCCCGCAUUUAUGGCCGAAUCUCCUCCUCCACUUAAUCAACAAUUACAACAUUUUUUCCCAUCGGAGAAACUUCCAGACGACAUUUCUUCCCCACCCGAAAUACUUGAUGAAGCAGAACAACAUUUUACUAGCAAACAUCUUCCCCUUCAAAUCCCAGAUUUUGGUAUAAAAUCACCCGUACAACUUUCACCUCGUGGGGAACAUACCAUGAGCGUUCAGAUUGUGCCGAAGAAAGAGGUCCUAUCGCCGAAUGCCUCUCAUGAUUCAACAGUCCAAAAACCUUCCCCUUUCCGUCACUUGCCUGAUACAGAAUUUGAUUUACUAAUGGAUGCCGUUGAUCGAGUUAAACGUGAUCAAGACAAACGAAACUCUGAGCAAACCCCAGCCUUACUUAAACAAGAAGAAAAAGAUCUAGAAAUUUAUAGACCAUAUUCAGCUUAUGCUGAAUAUGAACGUGAAGUAAAAAGUUUACAGACUCUUAAAAAUAUUAGUGGAGAUGAAGAUUUUGCCUGGGAAUCAAAUUAUCAAAUUGGGCCAGAAACUUUAUUGGUGCCAACUUUUGGAGCUCGUUUUAAUGCUCGAGUUAGAGAUUAUAGACGUGGAAUUUGGGGAGAUUCUGCUGCCUAUGUUUUUUCUGGAGAGCUUGGAGCAAGGAAUACAGAUGUAACUGUUAGAGAAAGGCGUAGAUAUACUGAUUUAAUAAGAGAAGAACCCCUUGUAGCAAAAUCAGUAGAUAACGUUCUUGAAGGCUUACUCCAAACCCAUGAAGGUGCACAACUACGAGUAACUAAUGGGAAUGAAUGUAUUGAAGCUCAGGGAGAGACUUCUGAAAAGUCACAGAAUGUCGGUGAAAAAAAAUUUGCACCCAUUUUUCGUUCACGACUGCGUGAUGGCUAUUUUUCUGAGAAUUCUCCUUCGGUUUAUAUGGAAUGUCAACCUAUUGGUAACCCUUCGCCCGAGGUUACCUUCUUUCAUCAUGAAAGUGCAUUAUGUGAGGAUGGUCGGCAUCAAAUUACUCGUUUAGGCAAUAACAUAUGGCGAUUAACCAUUUUAAAACCUCUACCCGGUGUGGAUACAGGGGAAUACUCAUGUGUUGCUACAAACGAAUUGGGGCGUGAUAAAUGUAUUUGUAAAUGUAUUGGAGGAGAACCUCCAAAUCGUCCUUCCCGUCCCGAAGUUGAAUUAUCUGCGGAUACGGAAGUUUAUGUUAGUUGGGAAGCACCUGAAAGGUUACCUGUUACGCUAAACGGAACUACUUAUCGGAUUGAAUGUAGACCCGCAGGUGAACGUGAUGCUUUUUCGGCUUGGACAUGUUUAAGUAAUUGUGUUGAGGAAGAAGCUGUGGUGAUUAAGCAUUUAUUGCCUCAAGGUAUUUACCAAUUUCGCGUAACUGCUAAAAAUGAAUUUGGAUGGGGAGAGCCUUCAAUACAUUCAAGAAUUAUUCGGACACAUCCUCGAGGUCGAACACAUCCUCGAAAAUAUUUUAUUUGA